AUGGAAGAUAUUAUUAUUGUUCAAGCAGACAAAGAUCAAGAUGAUUAUUUAGCUAGUCUUGAUAUUCAAGAUUUAUAUACAAAUAUACCAGUUAAUAAAGCAAUUGAUAUCACACUAAAACGUCUUAUUGAGUCCAAAAAAUUAGACAAUUUACCAUUGACUAAAACAGAUAUUAAAGAUUUAUUAAAUUUAUCUCUAAAAAACAAUUAUUUUCAAUUUAAUGAUAAAUUUUACGAACAAAAAACAGGUUUACCAAUGGGUAAUACAUUAUCGCCAAUAUUAGCUGAUAUCUAUAUGGAUGAUUAUCAAAAACAACAUUUACAUCAAGUUAGCAUACCAAACAAAAUAUGGACAUUCGUUGACGAUAUAUUGAUUAUCACAAAAAUGAAUCAACAACAAUUAAAGGAUUAUGUAAAUGAAUUAAAUAAUAUACAAGGAACAAUUAAAUUCACCUCUGAAUUUGAACAAAGUAAUGAACUGAAUUUUCUUGAUACAACAUUAACAAGGAUUAACAGCAGUAAUGAUAUAAAACUUAAAAUUAGAUGGUUUAGAAAAGAAACAGCUGCUGAUCGAUUAUUAAAUUAUGAAUCAAGUCAUGGAAAAUCAAUUAAAUCAAAUAUUGUUAAGAAUAUGACUACAAGAAUUUUAGAAACAACACAAAAUAAUAAGAAUCAAAAAGAAGAUUUAAAUACAUUAAAAAACAUACUGUUAAAUUCAAAUUAUCCAUUAAAAGAAACUGAAAAAUUAAUGAAACAUGGAUGUGAAGAAUAUAAAUGUAAUAAUAACAAUAAUGAUAUGUCAAAUCAAAACAAUAGUAAUGAAGAAAUGAAAUACAGCUUAUCAUUACCAUAUGUUCCUGGUAUGGAAGUAUUGAAAAGAAAGUUGGAGAAGCAAUUAAAAAUUAAAUUAUAUUUUUCUUAUCCAUAUAAAUUACAAUCACAGUUCAACCGUACAUUAAAAAUUCCAUCAAAAUCUAUUAUAUACCAGAUACCGUGUUCAUGCAAACAAACUUAUGUCGGUCAAACUAAGGUCGGUUUAGAUAAGAGAAUGAAACAGCAUUCAAAAAUAAUUAAUAAUAAUACAGAUGAUAGUAAUUCAGAAAUGGUAAAGCAUUUUCAAGAAAAAAAAUUCCAAUGUUUAUUUGAUACCAAUGAUGCAUUUAUUAUUGAUGAAGAAAAAGAUUAUUGGAAAAGAAGGACAAAAGAAGCAAUAUAUUCAAUUAUAAGUGAAUCAAUUAAUACUCAUGAUGAAAUUAAUGCAGCAUGGGCGCCAAUAUUAUAUAAAGUCAAAGAUCAAAUUCAAAGAAAAAUUCAAUUAAGCCAAGAAAAUUA